CAGACCCGCCCUCUAGCCGCCAUUUUUCGGUCUCGGACUCCAUCAGGCAGGAGGAGUGGAGCCGAGUAUAAAGAAGGGAAAGACAAUUAUAGAGGGACCCUAUUAUUAAACUUUCCAGAGGAUACAAAUAUACGCAACAAACUCUACAUUUUUGUUGCUAAAAAUGCAUGCAUUGGAGCGGAGUCACUAUUUAGUAAAUUAAUUUUGUGUGAAGACGUGUUGCAGGCCGCCAUUUUUGUUACUGCCUCAAAAGUCUGUCGGGACUCCAGAAUAGGAUUUUUAAAAUAUAUUUCCGCGAAUCGUGCCAAUGUUCGACCAAGAAAUUCAACAAUUACAAUUUAGGCUCCAGCGCGCAGCUAUUUGCAACAUUGUUUCGAUAUGGAGAUUCGUUUAAUCUAGUAGUGAGGCGACCUUUUCUGUUCUCAUUUAGACAGUGACUGGAUAUAUAUUGUUUCAUGACAUAGAUACGAUUAUAUUUUUUUCGGAAGAGGGAACGAAAAGGGGAACCUUGAUUGAUCAUUGUUGCAGCCAGGCAUUCUAAAUGUGUGUCACUUCUCGUAGUUUGACACCGAGAUCUGGCAUUUAUCAUUGACAAUAAACGUAGAAACAUUAUGCUUCGAAGUUGGCUCAAGCUAGUCACAGCCUGUCUCUGAAACGCCAGGUAACGUUUCUAUUGGAUGUAGCUAGUUGAAACCUGCAGCCUUCGGCUAGAAAUUGAUUCAAGACGAGUAUAGGGCCACGGCUUGCCCUGCCCUGGAUCUUCAACCUUUAGUUGUGAAAAUCUGUUUCGCAUCGUUAUCGAUCUAGCUUAUUUAGGUAACUAGUGUAUUUUAAUUUAUUUAUUGUUUAAACUAAUAUAUUUGUUAUUUCUAUUUUGAGUUAAUUUAAUUUAGAUCAAAUAUGUCAUCUGCACGGUUUGAUUCAUCGGACCGGUCCAGUUGGUAUUUUGGGCCGGUGUCGAGACAGGAGGCGCAGAAUAGAUUACAAGGACAGAGGCAUGGCAUGUUUUUGGUUCGGGAUUCCUCUACCUGCCCUGGCGACUAUGUGCUGUCAGUAUCUGAAAACUCCAAAGUGUCCCACUAUAUCAUCAACUCCUUGCCAAGCAAGAGGUUCAAGAUCGGUGACCAAGAAUUCGAGCACCUCCCAGCUCUUUUGGAAUUCUACAAAAUCCACUACCUGGAUACGACUACACUGAUAGAACCUGCCCCCAGGUACCCUAACACAGCGAUAGGCACCGGACCCAUUCAGACGAUGGGGGGUCUAGAGGACAACCUGGAGUACGUGCGAACUCUGUACGACUUCACGGGCAGCGACACUGAGGACCUGCCCUUCAAAAAGGGUGAGAUCCUGAUCAUCCUGGAGAAGCCUGAGGAGCAGUGGUGGAGCGCCAAGAGCAAGGAGGGCCGAGUGGGCAUGAUCCCUGUGCCCUAUGUGGAAAAGCUGGUGCGACCCUCCCCUCACCCUGGCCAGCCCCCUCACAGCUCCCGCAACUCCAACAGCUAUGGCAUCCCAGAGCCGGCCCACGCUUACGCCCAGCCUCAGACGCCCUCGCCCCUGCCUCCUGGCACCCCUGGAGCAGUCAUCACCCCCCUACCCUCCAUGCAGAACGGGCCAGUCGUGGCUAAGGCCAUUCAGAAACGAGUACCCUGUGCAUAUGACAAGACUGCCCUGGCUCUAGAGGUGGGUGAUAUAGUCAAAGUGACGAGGAUGAACAUCAGCGGUCAGUGGGAGGGAGAGGUAAACGGCCGGAGAGGUCUCUUCCCCUUCACCCACGUCAAAAUAAUAGACCCCCUGAAUCCAGAUGAGUGUGAAUGACCUGGACCCCAACCAACCAACCCUUCCACAGUGACACCCAAAAUGCUGGCUGUCUCCACCCCGCCUGCCAGUGUCACCACGGUUACGCGCUUGCCUGCUUGAGGCUAUACUGCAGCGCUCCCUGUUAUUGUCACGCCAACCAUCGUGCAGCUUUCUGACUGUUUACAGCUACAGACUUAACUAAACUCCUACAUCGCCAACUUGGUUACAGUUUGGUCUGUGGUUUUUGCCUUUAUGUCCUUUAAUGUGUGUUGCCAUGGCUCCCACGACGCCAUGUCUUACCUGGUCAUUUUUUUGUUGUUGAUAUUUUGUUACAUUUGAAGACUUAGGAAUUUGUUGAGAGCUUGCUUGUGUGUUUCAUCUUGUGGAUUGGAGGAGGUUAAUGUAAAACAAAACAAAAAAGAGUGGGGGGGGGAGGUGAAAGGUGACUGAACAUCACAUGAACUGACUGAGGUCAGGAGAGCAAUGGCAUAGAGGGCUUCAGGUGGGGCCUGAGGUUAGAACCAGCCAGUUAACUGUCUCUCACCAAAAAAUCAUUCACUGUUGUACCUUAACCACAGCCACACAUACACACCGGUAGACCAUUACUUGUUUAGGGCAACUGCUGUGUGUGUGAGGAUCAGUCUCUUUUCAGCUCAGCCUGUGUCAAGACAGGGACAGGAGGACAAGCGCACAUGGAUCCUGCCUUGUGGAAUAGCCCACAGCCUCAGUGACAUGAACCUAGUCGACAGAGUUCCCUUAUUUAUGUUUUCCCAAGACAACAUGUGAAAUGGCCAUGUGUGAUGACAUCUUUUUGUUUUAUUUGUGCCAUAAAUUCAGGAGUUCUGCAAGGUGUUUGUCAUAGUGUAAGUGCAUGGCUGUGACCAGGCUAUAGCCAAUGUUAUAAGAGGGCUUAUAAAUACUUUUGAGGGGUAAGGGCUUUUCUAUGAGACAGAUGCCUCUUGCAUCCAAUGUUAUGGGUCAUGGGAGGCGGGCAAAGGUUUCAUCCGGCCAAUGACAUCCCAUCAAUACCUUUCACUGAAAAUGCAACUUUCGCACAAGCAAUCCUUUCCUCUCCUCUCUCUCUCCAGGUUCCCUAAGGUGGUGAUUGGUUACACUUUUGUCUUGUUUGUAGAUGGUGUUGACUGUCGAGCACAGGUUCUGGGCAGACAACAUGGUUGUCUUUGGUAUGUCUGAUGUUGUGAUGCCAGAGCUGUCCUGCUCUCAGGUGUGUGUAUGUGUAUGUGCACGCGCUGAUAAAGUGCUCUACUAGAUCUCUGCUGUAAAGAAGAAAACAGACUUACUCUCCCUGAGUGCUUUCCCUCAAUCCCCCUGAGCUUUUUCAUUGGGUAGAGUAAUACCAUUGUACAGCUAUCAAUCGUGUCCCAACUGUACUGUUUUUGUUUAUUAUGUUAGCCAGCUGUUAGACUGAAAAUUAGACCGAAGGUCGCUUUCUAAAAAGGGAGAAAAAAUACCUGUUGGUGGCCUCUGCAUGACUUAUUGGCCUUGAGGUUUUUCUUCCUGGUCAAAUGCUGCUUUGUCAGUUCUAAUUUCCUCCAAGUAUGAAUUAGACUUUUCUUUUUUAAUAUUUUUUUUUUUUACAUUAUCUGUGGAAUAAAUUCUUUCAAAUAUAGUUUGGUUUUCCUUGUCCAACCUCUCAUAUUAACCCAUUUGAUUAAGCAAUACACCAAUCCUAAUUCUUGUUUUUGUUAGGUGAAGAUGUUUUCAACCUGCUUCAGAUUUUUUUUCUCUCAAGGCAUUAAAAGUAUUACUGUGCUUUUCCCCUCGUGUUUAAGAGAGCCUCCAUGUUGUAUUCUUAAUUCAAAAUGAAAAAUUGUGCCUUUUUAUUUUCUUAUACCAUUUACAUGUGUUAAUAUUUCCCAUGGUUAACACCCGUGCUGGUAUGACCCUUUAUGUACAGAACAAGUCAAUAAAAUGUACAUCUACUUCUUUGAA